GGCUCCAACCCCGCUGCGCCCAAUCGGAAUGUAGCUCUUCCCCAGAACAAUAGACUAGUCAAUGAAGGGGAGGUUUAUUAAGCAGAGCAGAAGAAUAUAGUUAAUGGUUCCUGGAUGAGAAGUGGAAAUGCUACUGGCUGUGGAAGGAGGAGGUUUUUUCUCAUCGUCAGCUUCAGGAUACAGUCAUGGUCUCGCUCUUUUGCUGCUUGGACGGAAAGAAGAAGAGAAGCCUGUCAAGGUAUCACCAUGGAGUCAGUACCGACUAGUCGAUGGGGAAGCUGAGCAUGUUUGUCAUCUGGCUUCCACGAAAAACCAAGCUCCCCGUAAAUGUGCUCCCUUCAUCUGCUUCGGUAGCACUGCUUUGGAGCUCGAAGGGGCGUCUCCUCCGAAACUGAGUUCAAGCAACACUUUGGACUCUUUGGAGGAGCCAUCCCGUUCAACAAAGAAGAAGGUUACCACUAAUGGUUCCAUAACUGGAGAUGAGAGAAAAGGUUGUCUUAAGAGCAACUCAAAAAGGGAUUCGUCAGAGCACUGUAUAGUGGUGAGUGAAGGUGAAGAACCACGUGAGUCACUGGAAGAGGUGCAAACCUUGAAAUCUGGUAUGGAACGGAGAAAAGUUCAAUGGACUGAUACAUGUGGAAAGGAGCUUUUUGAGAUAAGGGAAUUCGAAGCCAGUGAUGGAAGUUUGUCAGAUGAUGAACUGGAAAAUGAGGGUUUCAGGAAAUGUGAGUGUGUGAUUCAGUAGAUUUUUCAUCUGCCAAUUGAAACGAUGGAUAGCUGCAGCUUUUCUGCUAGGAUAUGCUUAUACUGGCAACUUCUCAACAAUCUGGGUGAUACCUGUGGCUUGAAGUUAAACAAGCAAAGGAUGAUCCUAUAUGUCUGCUUUCCUGUUAGCUAGCUUGCACGGUAGGGUUGCAGUUUUGAUGCCCGCUGUAUCAUAUCAAGAUUUGACCCAUUUAUUUAUUUUCGCCUUCUUUUCCUUCCUCUGUGUUCACAUGCUCCAGGUUGUAACAUAUAAGGCUGCUAGUAAGUGUUUUCAGUUCCAGGGAUGUUGAUUCCUGCCAUC